AGUGAGUUCAGGCUUCUGGGUUUCCCAAUAGGCGUCAUUUGGACAUUGUUCGCGGAGAAAAACAAGACAACGUGCAAGACUAGCUGACUUUUUUUUUUAUUAUCUGUGAACUAACAGGCUCAGGAUUCUGUCUGCGGAGCAUUUUAGGCAAAGGAGGAGGAUGGUAUCAUAAUAUUCCAGCGCCUAAACAAACAGGAUGGAUUUUCGACGUAAAAAGAAAUUGACUUACUUCACAAUAGGACUCAUUUUUCUUUUUAGCGGCGUAGAAUAUGCUGUCAUAUUACCCACCAUAUGGAGGUAUUUGCAGACUCUAGAUGCYGCGCCUUAUUUCUUGGGCCUGGCCCUGUCGGCCUUCAGUCUGAGCGGCCUUUUGGCAGGACCGCUGUUUGGCCUCUGGUCAGACAAAACCCAGACAACAAAGAAAAUCAUUUUGGUUUCCAAUCUUUUCGAGAUCAUUGGUAACUUCAUGUACUUCAUGGGCUACUCCAAGUGGCUCUUACUGUCCAGUAGGUUAGUGGCAGGCAUUGGUACAGGUGCUGGCUCCUCCAUCUUUGGCUUCCUGACCAGAAGCACAGCUCCAGAGGACCGGGCCACUGUUUUUGCUGCUGUCAUGGCGUGCAGACAAGCUGGUCUUCUGAUUGGUCCAGCAUUUAACAUCUUUCUGAGGCUGUGCAAUUUUUAUCUUGGUCCUUUUGUCGUCAAUAAAUUUACAGCUCCUGGGCUGUUUAUGUUUCUGCUGUGGAUUCUUCUUCAACUGGCGGUUGUUUUUAUGUACUGGGACUUACCACCGCUGGAAAAGAGGAGAGCCAAUGAGGGCCCAAAAGCCAGUAGGGUGGAGGACACGCUGGGGUCUAUAGAAGACGAGGACGAAGGCGAGGAGGAGGUGAAGCCGCUGAUGUCGUCCCACGAGCUGGUGGGGUCCUACGGCUCCGUGGUGACGUCUCAACGAUCCAAGAAACACAUCUGUUCUGUCUCCAUCACCUCGCUCAAUCAUAUUCACUCUUGUCCUGCGUCUCCUGAGAAUUCACACAUCCAGAAGGGCCUUCAACCCCAGAGGAAUUCCAGCAUAUUCCGAGAGUUCCUGAAAGAAGAGGUGGUUGUGCUGCUAUCCGCUCAAUUCAUCACCCUUUUUAAUCAGACCGCCCUCGAGACGAUGGUGACUCCCUUAACCCAAAAAUAUUUUAACUUCAGCGAGCUAGAGAACAGCGUGAUGUACUGCCUCUGUGGUGUGGUGGUGAUCUCUGGAUUCCUGUUCGUCCGCUGGCUGAGCCGCCACGUCGCAGACCGGGUGGUCCUCGCUGUCGGUCUGAUCAUCUGCAACAUCUCCUGCAUCUGGUGCCUCAUAUUCCUGGCUAACCCUUCAGGCGGGUUUUCGUGGCAGCUGACAGAGUUCAUCAUCGGCGUGUUUCUGCAGGUUCUGGGUUUACCGUUUGUGGCCGUCGCUCAGGUUUCCCUUUUCUCCAAAGUUACUGCUGAGAAAACACAAGGUUUCAGCCAGGGCAUACGUCGCUCAGUGGGGGGUCUGGCCACCAUCCUUGGACCUCUAUGGGCGGGUGGUCUUACUGACAACAUGUAUGUAAUGAUGGGCGCAAUGGUGACACUACUGUUACUGCUAACGUUGAUGUUGGCGUUCUCAUAUAACCGGCUGCUGGAACCUAAAGUAGAGCAGCUGGACACUUCAGACAGCUACGCUAAAAGCUGCAGGUGUUUGGCGCAGGAAAAAAUCUAAGAUGGAGUUUUCUGGCCUGCCUCAUGAGUCUGUGUUGGGA